CUCGACGUUCUGCUUUUUGAACUGCUUUGGACCGUGGUGACUGUACCUGCUGCCCAGUGGUCGUUUUGUGAUCGUUGAAGUACGAGGACAGUAUACCUACUCGGAUUACCGUCCACAACGCGGCGGAACUGACGGAGGAAGGACCUUACUGAUUGAUAAAUUUCGCCCACUGCUGUCGUCGAGAUCACACAACUUCCCUUUCUACUGUCCGGCCCGAGCUUCGUCUAUCUAUCUUCUCACAAUCAACGUACUCCGCAAACUUCAUGACGCCCGCACUCACCUGCCCCAUCCACUGCCCCACGAGCCAUGGCGGAGUGCGAAGUCCAGCACACCCUGCAGCGUUCUUCCUCCCGGACGUCCUCCUCCUCUCGACACAGUCAAAAGGCUAGGACCGUCCGCGCAAAGCCCCAGAAACGCCUCUCCGCUACCUCCUCCAUCGCCACCGACCUCACCUCCUUCCCCUCGCUAUCCCCCGAUCGAUCCCCCGAGGGCUUCACCGGCCAGCCGGCGCUGAACCGAGCCCUGACGAACGCGCUGCUGGACGGAGGAGAUGCGAACAGCACCGGUGGUGCCAGUAAUACCAGUGUAGGAGGCGACAGCGGCAGAGAUUCCAGUCGGGACCGGAAAUCCACGCUGGCGAGGUUGACGAGCAAUAUGUCUCAGAAUUCUGGCCGUGCGGCGCUGUUCGAUGAUGCCCCUCCGGCUAACGACUUCCCCGGGGCUCUGCACCUGGCCGAUGAUGCCCAUAUCGAGCGCUUGAUUUCAAACACCGGGGCGGUGAAGUUGGUCCGGCAGUUUGCGCGUGAUCUGGCGCAGCGUGACUCGGAGAUCUCGACCUUGCGCCAGCGUGCUGAUGCGAGGGAAAGGGAAUUGAAGAGGAUGCUGCGGGAGGUGUCGGUGUCGAAUCAGGAUAUUGAGCGUCGGCUGUAUACUCUGGACUACUCGGCAAAGCGGGGCGAGAAGGACCACCCUGGUGGGGCUGAUAGCAUGGAACAGGCGAAUCCGUCAGCCGCGAUGCACGGACUGAUGCAGCAAGCCAUGGCCGAUGAUGUCGGUUCUUUCCCCGAGGAAGUCCCAGGCCCCAUGUCCACGUCGCAAUCGACUGUUCGCGGGCCCCGUCUCGAAGGCGAUGCACGAUCCGACACGACCAAUAGUGCAUCCGGCACGGCAAGGAAGAGACAGACUUCACUCCGCAACUGGCAGGAUUAUAUAUUCGGGGGCAACGCGAACGGUCGUAAGUCGAGUCGCGCAAGCAGCGUCAUGGGUGACGUUGGAGAAGCCGAAGAAGACACCCAGCGACAGCAGAACCUCACAGUUGCAUCGGCCCGUCGCAAGGGUCUCGACGACCAGCUCUUCCAACCUCCAGAAGGGCGGAUUAGCCCUGGUACCGAGGAAGCAGCUACGAGUAGUACGGGCAACGCUGAUAGCGCUAGCCUGCAUUCGCGCAAAUCUUCCAAGUCUCUGUCUUCGUGGACAGUCAAACUGUUUGCUGGAAACUCCCAGGCCAAUAAAGACGACGGCACCGGCGAAUCAACCCGCAGUAGUGCGCCCUCAGCCACCCGGGGCAAAGGAAAGGGAGAUACAUCUGCGGCUGCCAAUACGAAAGGGGGCCUCUCCGCAGUAGCUUCCCUCAAACGCAUCAAUAGCGGCACGGAUAUGCCAAAUUUGCAGGCUGCGGCUAGUAGAUCAGCAAAUGGACCGGGUUCAGCGGGCCUCAAGACUGGCCAGGCCGGUCGCAGACUCGCAGCUACGAGCGUCUCGCAAGGGGCGAGCUCGGAGAACACAGGCAAACAUGAAGCCAAUCUUGGUCCUGUCGAAAUGGAUGCGAUUCUUCCCUUGGAAUCGAGACCCCCGACGCUUACCCCCACGUUCAAUAAUUACCAGUCAAGCGAUUUGUUAACAGAUCGAUUUGGGUUUAUCUACGACCAACGCCGCAAGAAGAGGCAAAGGGAGGCGAGCAAGCUCAAGAACGGUGGCCAUCGCUUCAGCGUGACGGAGACCAUCAGCAGCUUUCGAAGUGACGCCUCGGAUGGCGAUGAUGACAGACAGUUGGACUCCAGUUCAAGUUCAGCGCGCUCUCCCGGCCUCGCGACGCCGGACGAUCAAGAGAGCGGUGACAGUUCACACCGCAGAUGGCAGGAUUAUUUGAGGAUGCCCACGGGGCCGGCCGAACUCCUUUCACAUACCCCGUCCGUCGGUCCUAUAGUGUCGUUAACUACUGGCGAGGGUGAGGGUAAGCGAGGUACAGCAGUAGCAGUGGACAAACGGGGCUCACUAGCUGUCAAUCAAAACUCCGAGCCAUCAGCCUCUACCUCUACUGUGACCGCGGAUCGCCCAGAGUUCUCGGGAACCAACAAUGGCGACAAGCCUUCCGCUGCUGUGACACUGGCUACAAACGAGAACGAGCCGGUCAAGUUACUCCUUGAGCAGCUGAGUGACCUCCACGACUCACUGCAGCGAGAUAAGACAGUUAAAUGGAACGAGUUCCUGCGCAAAGUGCGCGCAGAGCGGCGAAAAGAUGGGGAGGCGGCAGCGGCAGCGGCGGCCGCCGCUGAUCGGCCAUUGCAAUCUGUCGAUAUGCCCGAAGUUUCUUUGGCGGACGGUGAAGUAGUGGGUAUCGCCGGUCUGGGCAAUAAGGGCAAGGUCGGGCGUGCCAAAUGGCGCGAGUUCCGGUCACUCGUUCUCGGUGGUGUCCCCGUUGCCCUGAGAGCAAAGGUUUGGUCCGAGUGCAGUGGCGCAUCGUCCAUGCGGGUUCCGGGCUACUACGACGACCUUACAAAGGGGAUCGGCGGCAGUGAACCCGACCCGUCGGUUGUUGCCCAAAUCGACAUGGAUAUCAACCGAACCUUGACCGACAAUGUGUUCUUCCGCAAAGGGCCCGGUGUCGCCAAACUCAAAGAAGUUCUCCUUGCGUACUCGCGUCGCAAUCCGGAGGUGGGUUACUGUCAGGGCAUGAAUCUCAUCGCUGCAUCACUCCUUUUGAUCACACCCACCGCUGAAGACACCUUCUGGCUUCUCACCUCCAUGAUCGAGGUUAUCCUCCCGCAGCAUUACUACGACCAUGGUCUCCUCGCGUCACGCGCGGACCAAAUGGUGCUACGCCAGUAUAUCUCCCAAGUGCUGCCCAAGCUCUCGGCGCACCUCGAGUCGCUGGGGGUCGAGCUCGAAGCGCUGACCUUCCAGUGGUUCCUGUCGGUCUUCACCGACUGUCUAUCAGCGGAGGCAUUAUAUCGCGUCUGGGACGUUGUCCUCUGUCUCAAUGUCACCAGCGUGGUAAGCCCAACACCGACUGGCACGAAUUCGGCGUCCGGGCCCCGCGAAUCUAAAGACUCUUCCACGUCUCGAGCGCAGGACCUUGCAUCUGGAAGCGGCGGCGGGAGCACAUUCUUGUUCCAAGUUGCCUUAGCGCUCCUGAAGCUCAACGAGCAGCAACUCCUGACCACGUGCACCACGUCCGCCGAGCUAUACACAUAUAUCAACCAUCAAAUGACCAACCACGCGAUCAGCAUCGAUGGCCUGAUCCAGGCUAGUGAGGCCUUGCGAAACGUCGUCCAUCGCGAGGAUGUCGUCUCGCGUCGGGCCGACGCCAUGCGGGAGUUUGGAGUUCCUUUUGAUGGGGCAUGAACGCUCCUUUUUAUCUUUGAUACUCAAUCUUCCUUCCUUUCCUUGGGUUUUGAUACGAAAUUUACGCUCCUUGUGCCACGCAGCUUUUUUUCUCUGUUCUUUUCCGUCAUUCGCAUGAUACCAUCUUGUCUUUCCUUAUAGAAUUGCGGUGCUGGCUGGUUGGCUUUUUUUUUUUUUUUUUUUUUUUU